CUUGUCCCGUCGUGGUGUCCAACUCCAGUGACGUCAAUUCUCUCUCUCUCUCUCUCUCUCUCUCUCAAGUGCAAUGAACUAGGUGAAUAGACAUGAUUACGGGUCCGGAAGCUAGACAAACGCAUAGGUUGCUGGACUUGAAGAAGCAGCAGUGGGCCAAGGAAAGAGAGGAGAUAGCGCGCAUGGAUGAGCUGUACCACCAUCAGCACACCUCGUCCACCUCGCACCACAAGAUCGAGCGCACCUCCAUACGCACGUACUACUCCAAUCUGGAUCUCAGCCAGAGCUCCUCGAACCAGACCUCCAGCCAUGCCCGCCAGCCGCCCGCUCCGCCCAUGCAGCUGAUUGUGCGGCCGCAGCCCGCCGCGGACUAUCGCCCAGUGCAGCGGCAGCGCAGCGAGGACUACAUGAACCAGGUGGAUCGCUACAUGGACGAGCUGGACGUGGAUGCCGAUGCGGACUUUGAGGACGAUGAAUUGCUGUACAGGCGUCAGCGACGUGGCAGCUAUGCGCCCGGCAUGUCCGAGCGACAGCUGCAGGCGCCACCCGGCCGCUACGUAGAGCUGGUGCCCACGGCGCUGCAAACGGCCAAGGGGCGCAUGCAACACCCUCCGCAGCAGCAGCACCAGCAGCAGCAGCACAGGCUAAGGAGUCCCAGUUUGCCCACAAUCAGGAAGCGGGAGUAUCACCAAGUCAAUGGCAACGUGAAGGGAACAAACAUUGAUCCCGGCAACGCCAACAUGCCACAUCGAUUAAACAAUCCGAAUGGGAGCCAAGCGCCAGUUGGUUGCCAGGAAGAGGACACUUCCGGCUAUCUGAGCGACACGCCCAAGAACACACACACGCCCGACAUUUGGUACAACGAUGCAGCCAGCCAAAAUGGGAGCAUUAGUGGUAUGGGCAGCGCCAGCCAGACCGAGGAGAGCGUUGGCAACGCCUCGCGUUUGAGGCGAUCGAUACAGGGGGCGGCCAUGCCCCUACCCCAACCCCUGCCCAUGGCUAUGCCCCAGCCCCUGCCUACGCCCACGCCCACUGCUGGCGCUCAAGCGUCCAAGCCGACGCGCCGUGGGGCUGCACAGCGCCACAGCUAUGAGCCACUGGCAGCCGAUGGCUACCUGGCAGACAGCUGCUGUUAUGUGGCCGCUCCGUCGACCUGCUCCAACGUGAGUCUCAGUCGCGACGUGUCCACGUCGAACACCUACCAGGUGCACAUCAGCAACAGCUGCGAGCAGGGGGACUACUACGUGCAGGAGCGGGAUCGGGAUCGGGAGCGCGCCCGCUGGGCCAACUACAACGGGCAGCAGCCGGUGGCGGUGGCGGUGCCGGCGGGUUGGCUGAAUCGUGGCAUGCACGAUCUCAAGGACAGCGAGGACGAUGCGCAGUCGGUGCAAUCCUCCUCCACUUAUCUGCGUGGGCAGAAUGCGCCGCUCGACGCGCACACGCUGGCCGAGCGCAUGGACAAGCGGCGGAAGGCGGCCGAGUAUCACAAUGCGAUCAAGAAGCAGCUGCAGGAGCGCGAGCUGAUACGCAAGUGGGAGCUGGAGCGGCACAGGCAGGAGGAGCAGCUGGAGGAGCAGCGCAUGCGCAGGCAGAAGCAACUGGAGCAGGAGCGACUGGAGCACGAGCGUCGCCAGAUGCUGGAGCGCGAGGAAGCGCAGCGCAAGAAGCAGCAGGCGAUGCUGGAUGCCAUUGCCAAGGCGGAGGUGGCCGCCAAAAUGGAGAAGCAAAAGAAGCGCAAGAAUCGCGAGCGAGCCCUGAGCCAGGAGCAGGCCGACAGGCCGGAGCUGCUGCAGGUGCUCUCCGUGGAAGAGGAAGAGAUUGUUGAGGAGCAACUUGAGCAUGCAGCGGAUGCAGAGAGUCAUACGCCGCGUGCAGCGCCGCCUCCUCCUCUUGCAGCAGCAGCAGCACCACCACCACCAGCAGCAGCUGCUGCUCCGCCUGCUGUGGUCUCCGAGGAGAAGGUGCUCAUUGGUACGCCCAUCAAUCUGAGGCGCACCAUCACGAAGCCCAUCAAGCAACCGGCCGCAGAGAGCGCAGAGGGCGCUGCCAAGGAGUCACCCGGAAAGACAAAGGCGAAGCCGACGAGCUCUGUCGAGGAGAAGGAGAACUUGGCGCUGCUCAUGCAGCCAGCCACACUGAUCCCGCUGCCCGUGACCACGGACAUAUUCGGACUGCAGAAUGCCAUUGGGAAUCUGCAGAUUGCCACGUACUUCAUGCAGCAGCCGGCGCCGGUGCCACCGCCGGCCAGCACGGAGCGGAGCUACUCCAAGGCGACCAUGACGCAGCGCACAGAGACCUCGAUCUGCACCGAGGAUGGCUACCAGGCGGAGAAGGAGGAGGAGGAUGAGGAACUGCUGCACACGGCACGCUCGGGGCGCACUGCCCUGGAGACGGCCAGCGGCUUCUUCUCGCCGGAUUCCCUGGAGGUGGACAUUGCGCGACAGCCAGCCGAGCAGGACAAACUGGCGCUGAUCCCAGUGAAGACUCCUGCUGCAGCCAGCGAGUCGGCGAGCAGGCUGAGGCGAGCCACUGAGGGCGCUCUGCAAGCGGAUGUGGAGACCCAGACGGAGCUGCCACUCAACUGCGAUCUGUGUCUGUUCCACGACAACUUCUACAAGGUGCUGCUAAAGCGAGAGGUGUCCACCACGACCACGACGCAGACGUCGAAGACCCAAACACAGCCGGCGAAGGAGUCGGCGGCGGAGAAGGACCACGAGACAACGACGACCACCACUACGACGACGACGACCACGUUCAAGGCGAAGACCAAGGACAAGGAGAAGGAGAAGGACAAGAACAGGAAGAAUCAGGGCAAGGACAAGGAUGCCCACAAAAUGGACGAUCGCCCCAAGUGGGGCGUCAAUCGGCCAGUGGUGCAGUACGUCAAGGCCAGCGAUCGGGAUCCCUUCUGCCUGCGCAAGAAGAAGAACCAUGUGGCCACAGCCAAGCCGCCGCGCUCCCAGUCCAUGGACUCGCGCCUAGAUACCGUGGUCGUGCUGCCCGAGGCUCAGCUGUGCCAGGGUGACGGUGCGGCGCUCAUCAGCACUACCCAGGAGGAGGAGGGUUUCCUGCUGAAGGCGCGCAACGUCUGCACCGAAAUUCUGCCCAUCAAAACGGAUGAAAAGGGUCGCAUUUUCCUCAACUUUCGCGAGGCCAGCGCCAUCAUGAACGAGGACGAAAUAAAGGAUAAGCUGAGGCAGAAGUACUUCAACUUCGGCCGGAUACUACCACGCCGCAGCUGGGCCUCGGCCACGCAGCACGGUCUGCCCUUCAGUGUGACCGCAGCAGCGGCCACAGCGCCCCCAGCCACGCUCACAGUGGGCGACCUGGCGGACGACUAAAUAUUAGAGUUCUUAACUUGACACAAAAAUGUAUUUCUAGCAAAGGCACGAACCGAAAAAAUAAGAA